UUUCUCAUUCUCUGAUUGACUCAAACUUGCAUAUUUAUAUGAUUUCAUUUACUUGUUUCUAAAAUCAACUAUGAUUGAUAAUUUAUUUACACAAAGCUUACAUGUAUAUUCCAUAAAAGUAACAAGUAGCCUUUCAAUGUCACUAUUUCACUAUUUCUCCGAUGACUAUCACUCAAAUUUUUGUAUGUCAUUUUUAAUACAUCGAUUUUUUUGUUUUGUUAUUUUUAUUUAGACAACAGCGCUUUCUAAAGCUAGUUCAAACAUAAAUCAUUUCCGGGAAGAUAAUUCUGCAGUUGACCAAAAUCAAAACGAAAACCUUCAAUAUAUAAACGAGUUUAGUUUUUUUUUAAAUACAAUGUGACAUCUGAAUAAAAGAAUUCCGUUUUUUAAUUAGACAGAACUGUCAUUUAUUUAGAUGUAUUGUUUGGGAGGAGCAACAUACCGCAUAAUUUUUUUUAUUUUUACUGUUUGCAUGCAUCCACCAAAAAGUAAUUUGGUUCAAUUAACUCUAGUACUGUGAUAAACAAGGAUUCCACAAAGCGGAACAUCACCUCGCUAAGAACUUAUUUAUAAAUUUAGACAGCAUUUGAUAUCGAUAUUGAGACUCCACCAGAUUCCAGUGGAGCGUUACAAACUCGUGAGUCACGGCAUCUUAUAUCAGCGCUGCAGCAUUUUUGUGCAACUGUGAAAUGGUGUGAAGAUUCCCAUAACAAGUCCGAGAUUGGAUUCGAAUCCGACACGUAGGGAUCAACGCCUUAUUUAUUGACUUUGGAACAAACUCAUUAACCACUGAAUUACAUCGUGUAGCUCAUGAACGACUCUGUAGAAAAUAAAUAUCAUUUCUACAACGAGGUAUAUUAUUGACAAACAAAUGGAUAAAAAAGAAUUUCAACAGGCACGUUUAAAGUCAUCUUUACGUAAGUUCUAUGCGAUAUGGUUGAUACAAUGACCUUGUCAGCAAAAACAAUUUAUCAUUGAAUCAAAUGCUGACUGACGUUUUUCAUAUUAAUUGUUAAUCCAUUAUUUAUACACUGCAUUGACGACAGAUUUUUCCGCUAUUUCUUGAUCAUGACAAGGAGCACACGGCGGGUGAUGCUCACUCCUCCAUGGCACCUAAUCCCACCUCUGAUGUUUUGGAGGUCCGUUAUUGCUCUGCUCCUAUUUUCCUUUGUUUUAUUAACUUUUGAUCUGGAUUACUGUUAGUUAUCUCCAUAUGUUACAUUGUUGACCGGUCACCCGCUUAUUCUUCUUGAUAAUGUAAACGGAAAAUUCGUAGACUAUACAAGGUACGUGAAAAUAAUGAAUUAAUAAUUUGUAUUAAAAAAAUAAGUCAACACUCGACUUAACGGUACUGAAUAGCUAAAAAUCAUAUAUAUGUUUUUAAUAUUGUAAAAUUACUUUAAUUCAGAGUUCAUUGCCUUUUUCUUCCUUCCGAAGUGUGAUUCCAGCUCCAUUUUUAUUGCAUAUUUAGAUAAUAAUCAUAAUUACUUUAAAAAAUCUAAGACUUUAAAUUUUGUGUUACAUCAUUGAAAAGUCUAAAAAGAGAGAAUUUUCUUCAUUAAGUCACCUCAGUCAUUCAGGUGACCUGCGGGAGUAUUGCAUGUUUUAGUUUACAUAAUACCAGAGGAAUUUCGGUUAAUAAGGUAUAUGUAAAGCAGGUUUAGGCUAAUUAUAGUAUUCAAAAUCUUAUUGACGUCGAAGAAGAUUUAUUGUACAUCUUGUGAUUGAAAAAUAUUCAUAUUAUCAUUUUAUCUUUUUCAUCGUUAUUAACAUAGAAAUACUCCAAAACAAGUUGCACCGUGACAGAAAUAUGUAGACAAAAUAUCACUACCCUCUGUGAUUCGGUCGCCCUAUGACCUCUGACACCGAAAUAAAAUUCAUACAGAAUCGAACAUAUUUUCUCUUCAAUAGGUUCAUCUUGUGGUCCUGGUCGGUAUGGACAAAAUUGUUCGUAUAUUUGCUCCAGAAAUUGUAAAGAUGCCAGGUGUGAUCAUGUCUAUGGGAAAUGUAUAUGUAAACAAGGAUGGAAAGGAUCAGACUGUUUGACAGAAUGUUCAAAUGGCACAUUUGGAGAAAAUUGUCUUCAAAACUGCAGUGAUCAAUGCAACAACAAUGAAGUGUGCAACAAUACCAAUGGAGAAUGUCCAAAUGGUUGUAAUAGCAACUACGAGGGUGUAACCUGUCAUAAAAUGAAAUCAGCAAAACCCCAAUCACAACAUGAAAUUACACUGCCUGUCACCAUCGUGAUUGUUGCUUGCUUUCUUGUGCUGAUCAUACUGAUAGUCAUAUAUGUGAUAAUAUGGAAACGGUGAGUAUUUUAGAAUUAAUUAUAUCAAUUAUUCAUUGAUCUUUGAAACACUUAUACAAUUCUUCGCUACGUAUUUAAGAAUUCUUUUGAAAAGCCAGGCUGUGGUCUUAAUACUUCGUACAUAUUACAGUAUGUAUUUAAUUACUUUACUUUCUGCAGAAAAUAUCGACGUGGGGAAUUAAAACGUGACCCUGAACAUUUGCCGACUGAGUCAAAAGAAAGUAAAGACAUUCAUUCGUACACAAAUGAGACGGCUAACUUACAAGAAGAAGCAAAAACAAUUAACAAAAACCAGAAAAUUUCUGUAGCCGACCUUUGGAAGACCAUAGAAGAGAUGUGCGAGGAUAAUGGUUCGGGUUUCAAAGCAGAGUACGAGAAAAUUUCAAAGGGAGAAUUACAUUCAUGUGAUGCGGGGAAAAGGGAUGAAAACAAAACAAAAAACAGAUAUAAAUCAACAUUUCCAUAUGAUCAUUCGCGGGUUAAGUUUCGAAUGACAGACAUGAAAUCUGAUUACAUAAACGCCAACUAUAUAAAGGAUAUAUCAGGCGAGCAGAGAUACAUAGCUACACAAGGUCCAAAAAAGAAAACAGUUGCUGAUUUUUGGACAAUGAUUUGGCAGGAAUCAAUUGAAAUUAUUGUUUGUCUAACAAAUCUGAAAGAAGAAAAAAAAGAAAAGUGUGCACAAUAUUGGCCAAACUGCAACGACAAAGUCCAAAGUGGCAAUUUUACAAUUCGAAACCUGGAGGAGAAGACGUAUUCAAACUACAUUAAAAGACAUCUGAAAUUGCAAAAUACAAUUGGUAAGGAAGAAAAAGACGUGUGGAUGUUUCAUUACACACAAUGGCCAGACCACGGUGUUCCUGAGGCUAUAAAUCUUGUGGUGUUCCAUCGGCAUGUACAGAGAGUUUUUGAUGAGUCUGUAGAGAAAAGUAAAAUAGCUGUCCAUUGCAGUGCUGGAUUGGGUAGAACAGGUACCUUCAUAGCCUUAGACGCCCUCUACCGGCACGGUUUGGAAUCAGGAUCUGUAAAUGUGUCUGAAUAUGUCACUCAAAUGCGAGAUGACAGAAUGAAUAUGGUACAAGGAGAGGAUCAGUACAAAAUGAUUUACACUGCUUUGUAUGAAUCAUUCAGAGGACACCUUCGCCCAGUUACGGAUAAAUUAUUUCUGUCAGACCACCAGACUUUAAAUUCUAAACAUCAAGAAGAUGAAAUUAAAAAAGAACAAGAGGCUGAUGAUUUUAAGGAGCUCGAAUCACUCAAAAUACAGUACGAUAAAACUGAAAAAUCUGCACAGAACAAUGCUGCAUCUAAUUUUACACCAACUGUUAUGCCAGUUGAGAAAUAUAGAUGUCAUGUGCUCUCUGACGAUGGUGAACCGGUUUACUACAACGCUGUCAUUCUUCAGUCAUUCACGAAACCCGAUGGUCUUAUCAGUGCCCAGUAUCCACUUGAGGACCAGUGUGAAGAUUUCCUGUAUCUUGUAAAAGAGAGCAGACCUGGUACUGUAGUUUUUCUUGGGCGGCUUGAAGAUAUUCCCUCGACAAAGAUCUGGUUUCCAUCAAAGAAUAAUUGCAAGGCUGUUGGAAAAUUUACAAUAAAAAUGACAAAGUGUAUCCCUUCAGCUGAAGUCACCAAAACUAAUAUCAUUAUUCAGGGAAAGGGCUUCAAGGACAUCCCUUUAUCUGUUUUGGAAUGCAACUUUUGGAAAGGUGAUGCUUUAACUGCCGAUUGUAAGAAAGUAGUAGAGGCAAUCAAGGAAACAAGACUGGAAGAAUCGACACAUUCAAACAAAAGAACAAUUGUCUUCUCAAGGUAUAUAUAUCCCAAACCUUUAAAAUAUAGACCCCGCAAAUAGAACUUUAAUUAGUUU